UAUGGGUGUAACAACACAACCGAAUAUAUUUUUAACUGGUGUUGAUGAAUGUCGACGUUGUUUUUUCGCUGAUUAUAUUCGUCUAUUAGCUUAUACAGCAUUCAAAGAUACACAUUGUGAAAUACGUACAUUGACUGUUAGUUAUUCACCAUAUUUAUAUUGUUCAGAUUUUCAUUUCCUCUCGUUAUUAUGCAAUGAAAAUGCAAAUCUAUUUUCUGAUUCUAUACAUAUACACUAUUGGACUGAACGUUAUGCACGUUUAAGUUGUAAACGUUUUCGUCGACCAUAUUGGGCUAUACGACGUGGUAGUCUAGGUCAUUUAGUACGUUGUGAAGAUUUAUCAAUGAAAUUUAAUUUUAGUAAAAUUAAAAUACGAGUUGAAGUAAAUGAUUUUGGUUUUUGAA